UGUUGUCACUUUUACUUCAACAUGGAAGACUCCAAGUGGCUAUAAUAUUCUGAUGUAAAAUUCGCACCAAAAUAUUCCAAUAACCUUAAAUUUUACAGCUAAAUUGUGUCCCAACACAAAAGAAGCAAAGCUGAUAAAAAGAUAACACCAUAGCUACUGAAAAAAACAGAAAGCUUGUGUUGUUCUCUUUAAAUUAGGGUUCUAUCUCGCGAACCCUAAAAGCAGUCUGUUCCUAAUUACUAUAGCCAUGGAUAUGUUCCAUAUUUAUCGCCAAUAUUGUGAUAUCAUGUCAGGUGCAUAUGCUAUUGGGAGCCAAGAAAAUGAAAUGCAGAAAGCGAGAUUUUCAAGAGAGGCAUUGAACCAGCUUAUGAAAUUAGUGGAGUCAAGUUUGCAUAAAAGGGAAAUUAUCUUUGAAGAAGUGUACAAGCUUAUGUUGCAGUUGAAUUUGGAGGCAGACUUCUCUGAGUUCUCGCGUUUCUAUGAUUUUGUCUUCUUCGUUUGCAGAGAAAAUGGACAAAAGAACAUCACUAUAAGCAAAGCUGUUGCUGCUUGGAAAAUAGUUUUAGCUGGAAGGUUUCGGCUACUUGACCACUGGUGCAACUUUGUUGAGAAAAAUCAGCGAUACAAUAUAUCUGAGGAUACUUGGCAGCAAGUUUUGGCCUUCAGCCGUUCUGUGCAUGAAAAUCUGGAAGGGUAUGAUCGGGAAGGAGCUUGGCCUGUUUUGAUUGAUGACUUUGUUGAGCACAUGUACAGGAUUGGAGGAGUCAAUACUAUUUCUAACUCAUUUUGUAGCUGCGGUGAUUCAGGGGCCCAGCCAUAUGAGGAAACUUUCCCUGGAUUGAAAAAUUUUCCUGGUUUGAAGAGGAAAUCUUGUGGCAAUUUACUAAGAGAAGAAUCAUCUCAUGAAUAUCCAAGCAUGGAUGCGGUUGUCAAUUCCAAGAGGAGGCACAUUAAUUUUGGCAACCAAAGUGUUCACUGGAAUGGAAGCCAAUCACAUGGUUACUUGGAAGUGGUUAAACCAAAUAGCCCGUUAAAUCAUUCUGCAUCUCCAUGCGCUGUUGAAGGAUGUCUGUCCAAGGGUUUUGCGGGACUCUUGUCAGGUCCUUCAUGUUUGCAGUUUGAUAAAGAAAGGAGAGUUUCCUAUACAUAGAAGGUUUUUUAUCUGCAGAACCAUCGGUGAUCUGGAAGGAAUGUUAAUUGUCAUUGGUAAUCUUCCAAAUUCUAUUUAGCGCAAGAUGAUCCGCGAGUAUGAGAACAAAGAGUGCAGAAAAACAUGCGAGUAUUUGCAAGCAUCAGAUUGAAGUGAAGUAGAACUGGGAAUAUGUAGUUUGCUAUCUAGAAUUAGCAACAGAGCACAAUCUUUGAUUGCCAUAGAUUGAUUUCCGCAAUUGCGACUGUCAGAAUCAUUUCGGAAGGUGUAACAUGAGGAAGGAUUCUCUUUUAAAAAUAAGAUUCAAUUUGAACUGUAAUAAUAUUAUCUGGCAGUGGUGUUAAAUUACGCA